AUGGUGGAAGUAAGGAAUAAAACAACUUUCAACGGUGGAUUGAUCGUCAGUAUUAAAGGAGAAAUAAUGGUUCCUCCAUCAGAGGAGACACCCAAGGAUUUGCAUUUCUUGUCUAACUUAGACAUGGUAGUGAUUAUGAUGGAAACCCUUUGGUGUUUUAACGAAACAAUUGAUGUUGGCGGAUUGGAUGCAGUUGAAGUCAUGAAAGAUGGUGAAGGUGCUCUUUUUGUUGAGGCAGAGGCCAACCUUAUGUUGGACGAAAUUGGUGACUUCACGAAACCUGAUCCUGUUACUUAUGGGGAACUUGUUUAUCGCCUUCUUGAUCCAAAAAACAUACUACAAAAUCCUCUACUUGUGGCUCAGGCUCAGGUGACCAAAUUCAAGUGUGGUGGGUUCGUUCUUGGAAUGAGUUGGAACCACUUUGUCGCCGAUGGAAUCAGUAUGACGGAGUUUAUGAAGUCAUGGGGUGAAGUUACACGAGGAUUGUCGUUAUCAAACCCACCGUUCCUGGAUCGAACUGUACUCAAAGCACACCUAUGGUACCAACGGUAUGGGUAUUGUUCAUACCCCAUGGGAAGGAUAACAAAGGCAUAA